UUAUAUAGACAUAUAUACACACUUAAGAAUUAAAAAUUUACUACAUAAUAGAUAUACAGUACGUUAGACUGUACGAAAUAAUUGCAAUCCUUUCAAUCAAAUUAACAGUUUUAUUUUUGAUGAGCUACAGACUUUAAAAAUGAGCGUUAGAUAAAUAUUAUUUGUUGUGAUAUUGAAAACGCUGCGGAUGAUUACGUCGAAACCGACCGAGUGAUUAAAGGUGUGGUGUACGAAUCUUCGAAGUAUGGAUUAAGACAACAGCCAUUGGUUUUCGCAUUGGACUGUCGACGCCUAAUCGAAUUUUCACAAGGUGUCAGUAUUUUGACGCAUCAGCAUCGCCACAGUAGCAAGUAAUUGACGUAAUAAAAUAAAAUAUAUCAGCAAGCACCCGCAAGAUCUGCUGGCUUAGCAAGAGAGAUAUUGACAUGGACUCAAAUGAAGUGCCGAGUACACCGUGGCAGGGCGUUUCUCAAGAUGAGCCACCUUGCGAGCCACUGGAUUUGAGGGUAGUUAAGAACGGAGACAACGAGGAGUGCAGACUAUGCCCGCCAAGUCCUCAACGCAAGCGUUCCAUUUUCUUCGAUGCUCUGCACUUGAAAAAUGUAUCGAGGCCAGUUGCCGAAGUGAAGCCGUUCAGCUGGACGGCUCCGGUACCCGAAGAUUUGUCCAGUAUGAGCUCUGCCCAACUGUCCGCUCCUUCGCAGUCAAUGAGUGUCACGGGUAUCGUGGCUGCCGAUUCAGGUAUCCCAGCUCCGGUUGAGGAAUCCAGAAGCAAAGCGGCUCUAAAGUUCUGUCUGAAAAAGUGCGGCGAGUUCAGUUUGUACUUUCGAUCGAGCUCCAAAAAGAUAGUCGCACCGAGCAACUGUCGCUUCCGAAGUCUGCUCACGAGCUUGAAAAACACCGUAAAGAGCCUAGCCAAGUCAGUGCCGUCGACGAACGUCAUCAGUCGAAUCCAUAACUCCGUGAUCGACAAGAUCAAGGAAAAGCGGAUGCAGGACUGCCUGAGAUUCAGCUUGUCCUUCAUCCCCUUCAACAAGCGUAAAAAAAUCAAGGGCACGGGCAGCGCUGAGCCUGUACCGUUGGCAGCUGGGACGAAACCGAGCGAGACGACCUUCGUCAAUCCCGUGAAAAAGCCCGAGCUUGCGCAUAUGGCUGGAUUCCCAUUCGCCAAGCCAAAAUUUUACGUGUGCAGCUACUGCGACAGCCGAUUCUACAAGCUGCCGAUCUACAUCAAGCACAUAAGGAGGCACGCCGAGAUCAUUAGAUGCGACAUCUGCUGCAAAGCCUUCUCCUCGGUCAUCAACAAGAGGCGCCAUCAGCUCCAGUGCCGCCAGCGAGUUGCUCGAUCAGUCAGGCGCCCGUCGUCCUUGCUGACUAGCUCGAAUCUUAAUUGAAUGUCGCCAAGACAUUUUAAGUAUAACCCACAUUCGGCAUUGGCAAUGAAAGCGCCGAAACGCGAUAAUGAAAACACGUAAUGUACAAACACUUGCGUAUGCGUACGUCUCAAAGUUAAACUGCAUACGUUUAUAUACUCACGACAUCCAUGAAUAAUUUUAUCCAUUACGGAAACAGACCGCGAAUCACUAUUUUUUUCUUUUUACGAUUACCUAAGUAAGGUACGUACAAGUUUUCUACACUUAGCUUCAAGAUUUUGCGUAGAAACAUAUUUUAACAAGUUAUGUCAACAGCGUUAUCGUAGAAAGUUCGCUCACUUUUGAAAAUACGCCUUCAAGCUAUUUUUAUAGCAUUGUCUUAUUUAUUGAGAAACUAUGCUUCUCCAAAUGAAAAAUAUAAACCAAUUAUUGCGAAAUGUUAUUAGUGAGGAUACUUUCUUCAAUUGACCUUAUGUUAUUUUAAUAUUAAAUUAGCAUCAUGCACCGACUAGGAUACUUGCGUAGGGUCAUUAUGAAAUCUACUCGGUAUUCCCGCAAUAGUAAUUUUGUUAUAAAAGCCGAAGCUAAUAUGAAAUUAGAAUUUAUGAGCGUGUCUAAGUUUUUUACUAAUAAUAAUCAAUUUUUCUACAUAAAAAAGCACGCAGAUAUUUCUUACACAAUUCAUUGCAAACGUCAUAGUUAACAUUUAAAUCAUGACUUAGUUCUUUUGUCUCAUGAACUAUAUAAUUAGUGUAAUUAAUAGUGCCGCGAAGAGGACUUCGUUAUGUAGGUAGUUUUGCCUCCAUCAUGGAUUAUCUCAGCGUUCCCCCUUUCAA